GAUUACCUGUGGAGUAAUGCUGCAUUGUGUGGAAACGCUUCUUCUGGUAAUGUGCGUCCUGGCCACUGCAGCAGUGGCCGAUGUGAACCUGUCGGAGUCUGGAGAGAUUGAGCCCCUGGCUGAGGCCCAGAGUGGAGGCAUGCCAACCCCUGGAGGACACUUCCUGGAAUUUGUGGAGCCCCCAAGCAACAUGACCAUCAUGCAGGGCCAGACAGCCACUCUGCACUGCAAGGUGACAGGCAACCCAUGGCCCACCAUCCGCUGGCUAAAGAAUGACGCCCCCGUGGUGCAGGAACAAGGCCGCAUCUCAAUCCGCAAAAACGAGUAUGGCUCCAAACUGCGUAUUCAGGAUCUGGACACGACUGACACAGGAUACUAUCAGUGUGUUGCUUCCAACUCGCUCAAGACUAUUACUGCUACAGGGGUUCUUUAUGUGCGCCUAGGUCAGUCUCCAACUCAUGGCCCAGAUGAUGCGACUCAUGAGAAGGGCUUCUGUCAGCCGUAUCGCGGCAUCGCCUGUGCUCGCUUUAUCGGGAACAGAAGCAUUUAUGUGGAGUCUCUGCAGAUGCAAGGAGAAAGUGAAAACCGUAUCACAGCUGCCUUUACCAUGAUUGGCACCUCCACACAUCUGUCAGACCAGUGCUCACAGUUUGCCAUCCCCUCCUUCUGCCACUAUGUCUUUCCCCUGUGUGAGGAAGGCACGAGGGGCCCUCGUCAGCGGCAGCUCUGCAGGGAUGAAUGCGAGGCUCUGGAAAACGACCUAUGCCAAGCCGAGUACACCAUCGCCCGUUCCAACCCACUUAUCCUCAUGCAGCUGGAACUGCCCAACUGCCGUCUGCUUCCCCACCCAGGAUCACCUGAGGCUGCCAGCUGCAUGCGCAUUGGCGUACCCAGCGACCGGCUGGGAACAUAUCACAGCUGCUUUAACGGUAGUGGAGCCAAUUACCGAGGCGUUGUUAGUGUAACCAAGUCAGGCCACCAGUGCCAGCCAUGGAGUACCCAGUAUCCACAUAACCAUCACCUGACACCUGCAGAGUACCCAGAGCUAAGAGGGGGCCACAACUUUUGUAGAAAUCCAGGGGGACAGAUGGAGGCCCCCUGGUGCUUCACUCUUGACCCCCACAUCAGGAUCGAUCUCUGUGACGUCCGCCCAUGCAAGCCGCCCGAGAACAUGAAGAAGGAGAUCCUGUACAUCCUUAUCCCCAGUAUUGCAAUCCCACUGGUCAUUGCCUGUCUGUUCUUCCUGGUGUGUAUGUGCCGUAACAAACAGAAGGACUCAAUCGAUUCUCCUCCACGCCGUCAACUCACUGGCUCACCCAGUCAGGACAUGGAGCUGCCACUGCUCAACCAGAACAAGCAUCAGGCUAAGCUCAGAGAAAUCAACCUGUCUGCUGUGCGCUUCAUGGAGGAGCUUGGUGAGGACCGCUUUGGGAAGGUCUACAAAGGCCAUCUCUACGGCACGGCUCCAGGAGAGCAGACCCAGGUGGUGGCUAUAAAGACAGUCAAGGACAAAGAUGAGGGCGCUCUUCAGGAAGAGUUCCGUCAUGAGGCUAUGCUGCGUUCCCGUCUGCAGCACCCCAAUAUUGUUUGUCUCUUAGGUGUAGUGAUCAAAGAGCAGCCCAUGAGUAUGAUCUUCAGCUACUCUGGCUAUGGGGACCUCCAUGAGUUCUUGGUCAUGCGCUCACCACACUCUGAUGUUGGCAGCUCUGAUGAUGACAAAACGGUCAAGUCAGCACUCGAGCAAGCUGACUUUUUACACAUAGUUACCCAGGUGGCAGCUGGGAUGGAGUACCUGUCCUGUCAUCAUGUAGUCCAUAAAGACCUCGCUGCUCGGAACAUCCUUGUCUGCGAUAAGCUCAAUGUGAAGAUUCUUGACCUUGGGAUGUUCCGUGAGGUCUACUCUGCUGACUACUACAAACUGAUGGGCAACAGUCCUUUCCCAAUCCGCUGGAUGUCUCCUGAGGCUAUCAUGUAUGGCAAGUUCUCCACUGACUCUGACAUCUGGUCCUAUGGUGUGGUGCUGUGGGAGAUCUUCAGCUAUGGCCUGCAGCCCUACUGUGGCUACUCUAACCAGGAUGUGAUUGAGAUGGUACGCAACAGACAAGUCUUGUCCUGCCCCGAUGACUGUCCUUCCUGGAUCUACACACUCAUGCUGGAGUGCUGGAAUGAAUUUCCUGCUCGGCGGCCACGCUUUAAGGACAUCCACGCGCGCCUACGUACCUGGGAAAGCUUGUCGAACUACAACAGCUCAGCUCAGACCUCUGGAGCCAGCAACACAACACAGACCAGCUCUCUGAGCACAAGCCCUGUUAGUAAUAUCAGCGCUGCCCGCUAUGUCAGCCCAAAGAAGUCUUCUCCUUUCCCCCAGCCCCAGUUUAUGCCUAUGAAAGGUCAGAUGAGACCAAUGGUACCACAGCAGCUUUACAUCCCUGUUAAUGGCUACCAGCCUGUCCCGGCUUAUCCAUACCUCCAGAACUUCUACCCCAUGCAGAUCCCUAUGCAGAUGCACUCGCAGCAGAUGCACCCACCGAUGGUUCCUAAGGCUGGCUCACACCACAGUGGCAGCGGUUCUACUAGCACAGGUUACGUGACCACAGCACCGUCCAACGCGUCCGGCACUGAGAAGGCUGGUCUACUGAGCGAGGAUGCCAAGGCGUCCGAUGAGAACACGGCUGAUGGAGGCUCCCAGAACGGCAUGCACAAUGAUAAUUCGUCAGUCCCUGAAACUGAGCUUCUAGGGGAUAACGACAACCCACGCAUCGAUGACAUGGACAUGCAUUUGGAGGCGUAG